CGUGAUUGAAUUAGAAGUGAUGACACACACUUCACCUUCAUGAUUCGAGAAACAUAGAGAACGUUCUCUGUUUUUAAGCAGUUGUGACUUUAUGAACUUUGUCGUGAUCAUCAUAAUUUCAUUUUUCUCUUAUUUUUCGUUUGGCACAGUUUUUUUCAUCACCGUCUCCAUUCAAAAUGCAGUUUUUUCAAGUUCAUCAAGGUUUACUAUCAGUCAGCAUUGCCAUGAUUACGAUAUCAUUAACUGCUGGGCUGAAUUGCUCAAAAUGCGUAGACGUUCGAAAUGUGCAAGUACUGAAAAACACAGUCUCCGGUUUUACUUUCACUGUUGAUCCCGCGAACAUACCAACUAGCCAGCUAUGUGAAUCUGUGAAAAAUGGACAAGUUGCAGCUGGUGUUUCAGUUGUUGAAUGCCCAGAUAACUCAAGUAGUUCCCAAGAGUUCAGGUGUGUUCACUACAGCGGAACGCUCGAUAUGUCACUUACCUUGGACCUGGGAAGCACAUCGGGAGAAAUCAAAGUCCGCUAUGAAGGAACAUAUAGGGAUUGUAUUCUCGAAUAUGUCAGUGAAAGCGGCUCUUGUACGAAUCAAAAGUCUAUUCUUCCAGAAGAUGACAAACUACGUGCUGAGGCCUUAUCAACUUUACCCUUGGCCUCGCCUUCAAUUAUCGUGGAAUUUGACGGGAAAAAAUGUGUAUCAGAUAAUAACGGAACCUUCUUUGCUGUCUUUAAACCCAAUUCAAAAGCUGUAUUUAUAGAAAGUAAUCUGUUUGCGAUUGCUGUAAAUAUACUAGUCAUCAUUUUCACAAUGUUUUAGCAUUUAUUUAUUAUAUUAAAAUGAACAACUGAUUCAUCAUUUAAAACUUCUUGUAGGCCAAACUCUCAUUUGAUUUAUAGUACAGUUUGCUUUAAAUUGGACGCACAUACCUUUGUAUUUGUUUUCAUUAUCAUAAUUUGAUUUAGAAAUUUUUGUAUGCUCUUUGAUUUUGUGUUAUUAAACAUUUUUCCAUUACGAUUUUUAUUUGCUGUAUUUUGAUAUAAAUUUCAUUUUGUUGAUAUGAAUAAACAUAUUUUAAAUGUAUAAAGAUAAAAUAAGUUUUAUCCUUGAAUUACAAAAUUAUAUUAGUAUAUACAAUGUGGUACUGUUAACCCGUUUAAUCCUUUUUCGAUCGAUUACAGUUCGCUUAUAAAUAACUUUAAUUACUUUUUCCAAAUGAGUGUGGAUGGGAAAUUUUAGCGUUGUAAUGGGAUAGUAUCCGCAAUUCUAUUGAUUUAUGUACAAUCUAUACUGUGUUUUGAGAUCGAUCAGUUUUGCACCCCCCC